UGUCUAGAACUGUUGAUGACAUAAGAAAAACAGUAUUUAGACAAAAAGAGCUUAUUUUAAAGGGAUUUGACAUGCUUAAAAAGGGUGGAGUAAUGGUUUAUUCUACUUGUUCAGUAUUAACAGAAGAAAAUGAAGAAGUAGUAACUUAUUUACUAACCAAAAGACCUAAUGCUAAAGUAAGUGCGAUGUAG